CGAACGUAAAGAUUAUAUUUUUUAAGAAACGAAUGAUUGACGAUCAGAGUGUCACCAAACUUGUCAAAAUAGAAAAGUGCUGAUUUGAAAGUGAAAUGGAGUAAUCGAAAGCCUUUCUCAGCAUUCGAUUAAAUGAGAUACAGCAUCAUCGAAGUAAACUAAAUUAUCUUCAAAAUGAACGAGCUCCGGUUGAAACAGAAAGAGAAUUUCACCAGCUAUGUAAAAGAGAGUUUUAAUGAUAAUUUCGCAUCUGAAAAUUUGUCAUUAAAAUUGCUUGCAGGUGAACUUGAAGCAGCACGUGUUAACAACGUCUGUAUGUACACAGCACAUUGCGUGAAGGAUAACAAGUAUAUCGACGAGAAGGAAGGAGCACUUAUUAUAACCAACUUUCGCCUUUCAUUUCUCAGUGUCGAAAAUGAUAAUGACGAGCUUUCGACAUAUCAGAAAAACACAUUCCUGGGGAAAUACGACGUUUCGCUUUCAAAUAUUGAUAAAAUCUAUCAAGUAACAGAUCGAAAGAAGCGCGUCGUGAGUCCACCGGUCAAAAACAGUAGAAAAAUCGAAAUUAUUCGAAUUGUAUGCAAGAAUUUCAGAACAUUCACCUUUGGCUUCCGCAAGGCGGGUAUAGGCAAGGGAAAGUACAUUGCCGAUGCAUUAGUGAAAUUUGCCUUUCCAGCCAAACAUAAUUUGCUGUUUCUUUAUAAUUACAAGGAAAAGUAUUACAACUCCAGCCGUUCGGUAUGUAUGUUUAACAAGAAAAUUGACUGGUUGAAUGAAAUAAAAAGGUGUAGUGCAGAAGCCGGGUGGCGAGUGUUUUCCAAAGACAAAAUGGAUAUGGAUAGCACUUUGCCAAUGAAUUAUGUUGUUCCGAAGCAUUUAGCAGAUAUGGAAUAUUUCAAUAUCUCACGAAGUUUCAGAAAUUGUCGAUCUGCUAUCUGGGUAUGGGGCAUCGAGGACGCAGCAUUGGUGCGCAUGGCUGAAUUGAGUCCCGAAAUCGCUAGUUCUACAAUAGAAAACACAAUGUUGGAGCACGUCCGCAAAUGUGACCCACAAAAACGGGCACCACACCUGAUGGAACUAUCCAAACUACUGCCAGGUAUCCAGGAGGUCAACGAAAGCUACCUGAAGCUUCGGAAGCUAUGUGUGCCAGAAAACGAUCGCGAGUUCAUGGCACAAGAUGCAAGAUUUUACUCGCUAUUGGACAAAACGUAUUGGUUAUUGUACGUCUCAGUUUGCCUAAAGCAGUCCGUAGAAGCUGCCAAGUUGUUAACUAGUGGCAAUACGGUGGUGCUGCAAGAGAUAAAUGGUCGCGACAUGAGCAGUGUAAUUUCCAGCAUAGUUCAACUGCUUUUAGAUAAAACUUUUCGUACUAUCCAUGGAAUUCAAACUCUAAUCCAAAAGGAGUGGGUUAGUUUGGGCCAUCCAUUCAAUGAUCGCAUGGGACACGUUUGCAAUGGAAAUCCGACCGAGUGUAGUCCCUUGUUUUUACUGUUUUUAGAUUGCGUUUGGCAGCUUUUGCAACAAUUUCCGGAGGAGUUUGAAUUUUCUGAAACGUUCCUGACAAGCUUGUGGGAUUCAGUAUUUCUUCCUGUCUUUGAUACUUUUCAAUUUAAUUGUGAAAGUGAUCGUCAGAAGGCCCUACUAAACGAUCACAUUAUACUUCGCCCUGUUUGGGACUGGGGAGAGCAGUUCAGUGACCAGGACAUUGCACUGUUUUCCAACCCACUCUACAAAAAGCCGCCGGACACGGAACAUGAAAUAAAAUUACGCUUACCACCAUCUGCGUUUCGGCUGCCUUGCAUUGACGAUGUCAAAGAGAACCAUCGGCAAUCCAUGAACCAUUCUUCAGAAUCUGUAGCAGCAUCUAAAGCACCAAAUUCGGGAGCAGCUUCUAGCAACUUCGUACAGCACUCGUUAUUGGUUCCUCGCUAUGCCAUUAGAGACAUCGAAAUUUGGCAUCAGUGUUACUUCCGGUGGAUUCCGUUCCUGGAAAUUACCAAUGGCGGUUAUCCACAGGUCGAUAUGUUUAAUCGGUCGGUGCUAAACAGUAUUCAUAAACUCGAAAAAAUCCUACAUUCUGGAAAUCUCUCAGCCUCGAAUGAAAAUAUUUUGCUCACCAUGAGGGGCCGUUCUCCGGAUUUUAACAGUUCAACCAGAGAAAGCAGAUGUGUUGAUCCCUCAGAAGUGGAUGGAGGAGUGAAAAUGCCUCUGAUAAAUUCUUUUUUCCCAUUCACAAGUAACGUCACCAACACCGAAGAACUACUAGAUAUUUUAGUUACUAAUGGAGAAUAUCAGCCGGAUGGCUCCAUCAUGGAUUCAGCGUCGAUAAAUUAUUGAAAUACAUUUGUAGUUAAGAUAGGUACUGUUGUCAAAAAAGUGCAUGAGGACUACUACUUCUCCAUGGGUAGUUGUCCCAAAACAUUGUUGCUGAUUAAGUUUAUUUACAAAUAUUUUACAUGAAACAAGUUGUGUAUAUAGUUCUUAUAAUUAUUUAAAAGAUUUAUAAUUAAAAUAUGCAUCAUAAUCAAAA